AGAGCAGAUAAGUAACUGUGUAAAACUAAUACCUUACUGGGAUAUGUAUUAAAACAUGUUUGAAAAUUAAAGAAUGCACAGGGGAUUUGACACAGUAUUAUUACUAACAGUCUGGGGCUCUCAGACAUUUUAAUAAAAUAGAUUUGUUAUUACAGAUUACUGUAUAUGAGAAUAAAGAGAAAGUGCUGUAUUAUGGUCCAUAUACUACAAUAGCAAAAAUGAGCUUGUCAUAAAGUUUUUUUCUAUAUUUAAAGCAGUGUAUAAUUUGCAGCAUUUAAUUAUGAAUGUAACAUCAUCAAAUUAAUAGUGAAAGGAAAUUAUUUUUCUGUCGUUUUUAAGUAUAAUUUUGAAGACAUCCUAAGGACUAAUUAUUUUAGUCCUCGGUCGGUCGCACCCUCUCUCUCUCUCGCUCACACACACAUUCACCUAUUAGUACUGUAUCGUACAGUACUGUAGUCGAAACUCGCGCGUUCCACCAUCGUCCCAUCAUCCCCCGAAAUCGCGCGCGCUGUGGAUCGUGCGGGGCUCGCGCACUCGGCGGCGUUCCGGUUCCGGCUGCACCUGCGGAGCCACCAGGAAGUGUGGAGCCACAAAUCCCACGGUGUUAAUCCGUCUUGCCUGAAGGAAGGCGGCGGGCGCUGAAUAUGCGCGGGGAAGCGGAGCUGCUCGUGUUCGCGCAUCGUUAAACAGGGAGCCGCAAGCUGUGGGCGGGAGGAAGCGACGCCGCCGACCCCCCUGCCAGUCCGGCUUCGUGUUUGGCUGCGACUCGCUCUUCGCGAUGGGAUGCUGUGGUGGCGCAGAGAGAACAAAGAGAGAAUGGAAGCCCUUGGAAGACCGAAGCUGUACAGAUGUCGCCUGGCUUCUCAUAUUCCUAGUCUUUUGUGUGGGCAUGGGCUCUAUCUGUGGCUACACUGUGGUCACUGGGGCUGCUGGAAGACUCAUCUUCGGGUACGACAGCUAUGGGAACACAUGCGGUCGACGGAACUCCCAGAUCGAGGGGGUCAAACUCAGCGGCCUGGAUCAAACCGACAAAAAAUUUGUGUUCUUCCUGGACCCCUGCAACAUUGACAUUGUACAGAGGAAGAUCAAGUCGAUGGCUCUGUGCGUGGCCAAGUGCCCUGAGACAGAGCUCAAGACGUAUGGAGACAUCAAGAGAUUUGCCAUGAAUAAUGGGUCUGAACUCUGUUCCUACGAGCUACCUGCUCACAGAUAUCCUGGCCACCCGGAGAGGUCUACCAAAUGCCCUAAAUUGCCAGUAUUACCAAGCAAGCCCCUCCCACUGUUCAACCGCUGCACCCCUGUGAACAUCUCCUGCUACACCAGGUUUGCUGAGGCUGUGGUGACCUUUGUCAGCGACAACAGGGUGCUGCACAGUCUAGUUGCUGGGGUGGUCGCCAGCAAGGAGAUCAUCUUGGGCCUCUGUGUGCUGGCAUUAGUGCUUUCCAUGGUCCUGAUGAUCGUCAUUCGCUACAUCUCCGCCGUCCUGGUGUGGAUCCUCACCGCCCUUGUGGUCCUCGGUUCCCUGGGUGGCACAGGUGUCUUGUGGUGGCUGUAUGUGGACAACAGAAAGGCUGCAAAUGCAACUUUUGCUGCGACUGCGGCAGCAGUGGCUGGCAGCAAGGAGGAGCCCAGAGACAAUGUCCAAGCCCUGCUGAUCUAUGCCAUCGCUGCCACUGUCUUCACAGUGAUCCUGCUGCUGCUGAUGCUCUUCAUGAGGAAGCGUGUGGCCCUUACCAUCGCACUGUUCCACGUGGCUGGCAAGGUAUUCAUCCACCUGCCCCUGCUGGUCUUCCAGCCCUUCUGGACAUUCCUGGCGCUCCUGAUCUUCUGGCUGUACUGGAUUAUGGUGCUGUUGUUCCUUGGCACUGCUGGAAACCCAGUUGAGAAUGAGGAGACGGGUCUGGUUGAGUUCCAGCUCUCUGGCCCGCUGCAGUACAUGACCUGGUACCAUGCUGUAGGGCUCAUUUGGAUCAGCGAGUUCAUCCUGGCCUGUCAGCAGAUGACCGUAGCUGGUGCAGUGGUGACAUACUAUUUUACUAGGGACAAGUCAAGGCUGCCGAUGACACCCAUCCUCUCCUCUGUGUUCCGGCUCAUUCGCUAUCACUUGGGCACGGUGGCCAAAGGGUCCUUCAUCAUCACGCUGGUCAAGAUCCCCCGCCUCAUCCUCAUGUACAUUCACAACCAGCUCAAGGGAAAGGAAAAUGCUUGCGCACGGUGCAUGUUAAAGGCCUGCAUCUGUUGCUUGUGGUGUUUGGAGAAGUGCCUAAACUACCUGAACCAGAAUGCGUAUGCAGCAACAGCCAUCAAUAGCACCAGUUUCUGCACCUCCGCCCGCGAUGCGUUCGUCAUCCUGGUGGAAAAUGCUUUGAGGGUUGCUGCCAUCAAUGCUGUUGGUGAUUUUGUUCUGUUCCUUGGGAAGGUGCUGAUUGUGUCGUGCACAGCCUUUGCUGGUGUCCUGGCGCUCAACUACCAGCGUGACUACACCGUGUGGCUGCUGCCACUCAUCAUUGUCUGCCUCUUCGCCUUCCUGGUGGCUCAUUGCUUCCUCUCUAUCUAUGAGAUUGUGGUGGAUGUCCUGUUCCUCUGCUUCGCCAUCGACACCAAAUACAAUGACGGGAGCCCAGGCAGGGAGUUCUAUAUGGACAAGGCCCUCAUGGAGUUUGUGGAGAACAGCAGGAAAUCACUGCCAGAGUGGAUCCGUGGGCGGCUGGAAGAGGGUAAGAGUGAAGGUGACAGCGGGGAGGCGAGGCCCAUGGUGAGUGCGGGCAGCGAGUGCGACGCGCUGCAGGAGUUCCACUUCUGUUACCUGUUCGUUGGCGUAUUUGUGGACUGGGCAGUGUCCGAGCGUGCAUUCGUGCUGUGUCUCACCGAGGACGUGCUUCUUUUCCUGUUCAUCUAUCUGCCUGCUUGCACGUUCUUCAUUUUCAUCUCCCUGCUGCAACCCAUGCCCGUGUUGGCAUGCUAACAUCACCACGCUGUCAUUUUCUUGCUUCUUUUC